CAACACUGAAAUGUGUGACAACUGAUGGAAAUUUUUAUCAACACUUGACACUCUCUGUUACUAGAUUUUUUAAUAACAAAACAAUUUUAGGUUAAAUACCCCUUAGUUAUUUAACAAAGUUAAAGUUUUGUUUAAAACAAUGGAAAACUGUCGGAAAUUAUUAAAAUUUGUUGUCAAAGUGCCGCAUAGAGAAAUUUCCACAACAGCAGUACUUGCGGGAAAACGGAAUUUUCGUAAAUUUCUCGUUUACAAUAAGCGAGGAACUCGAGCAGUAAAAGAACAACAAAAGACCCUAGCAAAUCCACCAGUAGCUGUGCAUAAACGAGGUGUACGCGAUACUGGAAUUAUGGUUAAUGGAAAAUAUGUAGAAAUACCCGAAAAGAUACCAGAAUUAAUCGUUCCAGAUUUAACUGAUUGCAAAUUUAAGCCUUAUGUAUCGUAUAGGGCACCAGAUGUAGUUCAAUCUGAAUUUACUAGCUUAGAUCUUUUUAAUGCAAUAUAUUCACAAAAAAUAAUUGAUGACUUUAAAGAUGGAAAAUUGAAUGCUGAUGGCAGUUCGACUAAACCUUCCGAUGCUGAAAAUCUAACAGCAACAGAAGCUUAUACUCGAGCAAGAAAAACAGGAUCGGAUAUCUUUUAAAUCUUUAUAUUUAUUGUACU